ACAACUGUGGCUGUUUCUGGUGCCGGCUAUGGAGGCCUAGGCUAGUUUCUCGCUGCCACAUUGCGUUUUUUUGGCAUUACCCCUCUCCUCUCGUCACGCGGCGGACUAGGGUUCCUGGGAUCAGCGGUUCCAGGAUUUGGAUUCGAUACAUUAUUACGGGAUUUGCAUCCAGGUUUUGGAGCUCCGAUUUUAGGGCUUCUCAGGAGCUAGCGAUGCGUUUCGGCAGCGCUUGGAUCUGCGAUAUCUAGCUGGGAAAAUGCAGGCUGUGGUGAUCGUGCUGGGAAGGGGAAAAAUUUUGAGCCUCGGGAUCAAAACGAAACGCACAUGAGAUCACUGUGGAAUUGUUGCUUUGGAGUGAAGGCGCCUUGUCUUUGCGUGAUGGGUGCUACGGAAAGAAAUGCUGGAUCCACAACUCUCAGCUCAAGGCCCUUCGCAGGAGCUGCUUUAGCAGAGGCUUGGCUAGCCAUUUAGUAGCUGCGGGUUCUGUUCAUGGCUCGAGAGAGAAGGUACGCGGACAGAGGUGGCCCAGCUAGUGGAAUGCAUCUCUUCGACUUCAAUGAAACUCUCUCGGGAAAGAGGCUACCCGAUGACAGGAGGAUCGCUCUCGAUUACCAAAUGGACAAGCUCUACAAGGGAAGAGAUUCGCCGAAGUCGAGAGCCAAGCGCGAGGAGGGGGAAACAACUCGGACCAACUCUAGGACGCCUGACAAGAAGAUGAACUUCGUGCAUGGGGGAAGCGAGUAUGUACUCAAGGCUCACAGCGGCAGGGAUAUGGACUUUCGGCCCCCAAACGUGGUCGCUCGGCUCAUGGGUUUGGAUACUCUCCCAAACGAAUCAGUCCCGGCGAAGCAGGCCAAGAAGAAAGGGGGAGACCAAGUGACUCCAAAGCAGGCAGUGGAGAAACAGUCGAGAAGGCAAAACGAGUUUAAGCAGGCUCCUCCAGCAGCUACAGUGGUACUGCCGGUCCAGGAAUCUUACUAUGUGGAAGACAAGGCAAAGCUUAAUCGUCCUCGGGGUUCGGACAACAAAAAGCGAGGGGCAGCAAGAGAGUUACCAGAUGUGUUUGAGAUAGAGGAGAUGAAGCGGCAGCUAGCUCUCAAACAGAUGCUUGUGCGGGAGAAGUUGAACGAAGCGACGCGUUUGCUAACUGGGGAGAAACUCUCAGACAAAAGGUGGCUUGCAGCAAAUCAGCAGCUGAAUCAAUCCAAGGAGUUUUUAGACGCGAUCGACUUCUUCCAGACCAACAGAGAUGCUUUCCUGAAGUACGUUGAGGAUCAGGACUCGGUUCUUGGUAAACAUAUCGAAAAAACUCCCGGAGUCGCACACAGAAACGUUGCUAUUGACAGGCCAGUACCGGAGGGGCUCAGGAAUCCCAUUGUCAGGAAAGUUAUCGAGGGUAGAAGAGAAGAUGCACUCAAGAAUUUCUCCAGGCAUUCCAACUUGGUUGGAGCUGGCGAAGACAUCAUAAAGAAUUUGGUCCCUGACAACCAAGCCCCGACGAGGAUAGUUGUUCUCAAGCCGAGUCCGAACCGAAACGCGAGUCCUACCUCGGCCAGUUUUUCUCCAGGACCAUAUGCAAACAGCGUCCGGGACGAAACUAUUCCUUCUAGGAGGGUAACAGAGGCUUGCGAUGAUAUGAGGAGGAUUGCGGAUACUUCCAGGAAUGAAGGCGCUGCCAAUCCCAGGGAGAUUGCCAAGGAAAUCGCUCGUCAAGUCCGGGAAAGCGUGGUGCGAGACUUGGCGAGGAAUGCUCUACAAGAACAGGGUGCUGGCAAGAGACUAAACGUGACACUUGAUAACUCGGACGGUCCAAGACUCGGCGGUGGAAGUGAAUUCUUGAAGGGUGACGGGGUAACAACGCCUACUGGGAGAACUAGUAGGAGACCAAAGCCUCAAGUUGAGGCUGUGGAGGAUACAGGCUUCAAGGCUUCGCUUUCUUCAGUACAGAAAAAACCAAGUCGUCCGAGGCAGCAAGCUUCUGGGAGUUCUCCGCCAAUGCCACGACCUGUGUCGAAGGGCAUCGUUGUCUUGGUGCCUGACCAGUCCGUUAGCAGCCGGAUAAGUAAAGUCUCGGAAGCACAGAACAGGGAGAUAGUGUCUUCAAGUGGCAUAAGCAAACAGAUGGUAAGGAAGGAUAGAAUUCGAAAGAAUCAACAAGUAUUGCCCGAGACAUCUCACAAGCUUGGCGAUUCUUUCCGGAAAGCUAGAAGCCAGCCUUCUGAAGCUAGGAAAAACAACGUAGAUCUCACUAACAGGGAUUUUACAAAUACUGUACAAGACGAUGCGGGUGCUAAGGUAGGGGAUUAUAGUUUGGAUAGUGAGGCAGUUCCCGGUAGUGACUUGCUGGGAUAUGGGGGAAGUUUUCUUCUGAAAUCUUCUGGAUUCGAGUCACAGGGGGAAAACGAGGCUUCUCUUGAGUGUAGCGAUUCAAGGGACACGUUAGAGUCCGAGUAUACAGCAGACAUCGGUGUUUCGGAAGCAGUAUCCCAGCCAGAGACAGAUAUUUCGAGAUCGCCUUCGGCGUUUGUUUCGUCAAAUGACAGCGUUCCCACAGUUUCUGCCAGUCCGUGCGAAGAAGAAACUGAUUAUAGCAAGCAGUCGGUUACUGAAACUUCACAUUUGUCUUCGGAAGUUUCAAGCUGGCGUCACAAAGAGGAGUUGCUGCAGGUUUCGCAAGAAGAGGAGGAGCUCGUUAAAGCCAGCCCGACGACAGACGUCGUCGAAGCUGUGGACGUUGAUGAGGCAUCCAUAAGCAGCGACAACAGUGGACAACCAAGUCCAAUAUCCGUUUUGGAGUCCUCUUUUGAGGAGAGUCCUGGUCAUGUUGACUUCGAUACGAUCAGCUCGGAACUGGAAGAGCUGCGAAUUCAUCUCCGUCGCUUGAAGUGGGAUGACAACGAUCAAGAAGAUCUUGAGAUUUCGGACGUGGUUGUGGACAAGGUUGUUGUGGAAGAGAAACAACACCCCGAGCUCGAGACAAGUGUAAGCUCGAACGACACUGGCCACCUCCAAUGGCUGGAGCUGGAAAAGUGCAAGGAGGAGGACGGCCAGAAGGUCUACGUGAAGAACAUCCUUCUCGCGUCAGGCUUGAUCAAGAACAGUGGCAGCGACAGCUUUUUGGUGGAGCAGCACUCUCAGGCGCAUGCUCUGGACCCGAUGCUGUUCCAGCAGCUGGAAGGAUUCUACAGGGCCCAAGCCGAGGACGUCUCCACAGCAGAGACGACGAAGAUCUCGAGCAUGAAACGGCGGCAUCUCUUCGACAUGGUGGACGAGAUCUUGACACACAAGUUCGUGUGUGAUCCGUGGCUUUCGACUGUCCGGACUGUUCCUGGCGGAGGACUCCUGGUGGCCGAGGUGUGGUCGACGCUCUCGGAUUACGUCGUGUAUCCCCAGGGUGAAGAUUUACAGCACACGGUGGAGAAUCUGAUCGAGAAGUAUUUGAUGAAGGGUGAUCGAUGGAUGGAGCUCCAAAAUUUCGUGGAGGCGAUAGGCGUGGAGGUGGAGGCCGAGCUUCUCAACGAGCUCUACGAGGAGUGCUUGGAUUUAUAGCGACAGUGUUACACACAGAGAGUUUGAAUUUAAAAUGGCAGCAUAUUCAUGUGAAUAAUACACUCUGUUUUCUA